CUCCUCUUUCCCUCUCCCUCUCUCUCUCUCUCCCGGGAACUUUGAAAUCAUCCUCGACUGACACCCGUACGACUCCCGCCCACACAUCACUCCACAAAAAAGGAUACGCCAAGCUCUCAAUGCGCCGUUUCAUAAUGUGGGGAAUCUCCGUACCUCGGCAACUGCUCGCCGUGCACGUCCCCCCCUUGUUUGCGGGGGGGAGAGCUUUAACCGCAGCCAGCUGUUGUUCGAGUCGUCCGUCCGUCCCCCCAUACCUAGCUUUCUAGCCCCGUUAUAUAUAUCUGUUUCGGGCUUGCUCUGCACACCGACUAUCUUCCUGUCUUUCUACUGUCUUGCGACGUGAAGGAUUGUUCGAAUUUGUUAUUGUUGUUAUUUAUUGUUGGAUUGAAAGAUUGAGAGAUUGCAAACAUGUCCGUCCCCUACGACCUCCUCAGCAACAGCCCAAAGGGCCAUGUCUCAGCCUCGCAGCGCAUCCCCACGAUUGCGAAGCCGUGGGUUAGUGAGCGCGCGAAGAAGACGCUGGAUAUUGUCGAGAAAUUCGUCGAGGAAGAAUGCAUCCCCGCCGACGCCGUGUACAUGCGCCAGAUCGGCGAAACGACACUCGAGCGCUUCAGCUCGCACCCGUCCAUCAUCGAGGACAUGAAGAAGCGCGCGCGCGAGCUGGGGCUGUGGAAUAUGUUCCUGCCCAAGGCGCAUUUUAGCGAGGGCGCGGGGUUUAGUAAUCUCGAGUAUGGGCUUAUGGCCGAGUACUUGGGGAAGAGUCGGAUUGCUUCGGAGGCUACUAAUUGUGCGGCGCCUGAUACGGGCAAUAUGGAGGUUUUGGCCAAGUAUGGCUCAGAGGCCCAGAAGAGGAAGUGGCUUGAUCCGCUGCUUAAUGGCGAGAUUCGCUCGGCGUUUUUGAUGACGGAGCCGCAGGUGGCGUCGAGUGAUGCUACGAAUAUUGAGAUGACGAUUAAGCGGGAUGGGGAUUCGUAUGUUUUGAACGGCCAGAAAUGGUGGUCUUCGGGUAUUGGUGACCCUCGCUGCAAGAUCUUUAUUGUUCUCGGCAAGACAGACCCAGACAACGCAGACAAGUACAAGCAGCAGUCUGUCAUCCUCGUCUCCAAUGACACCCCCGGCGUCACGGUCCACCGCAUGCUCUCCGUCAUGGGCUUCGACGACGCGCCCCACGGCCACGGCCAUGUCACCUUCACAAACGUGCGUGUGCCCGCCAGCAACAUGGUGCUCGGCGAGGGCAAGGGCUUUGAGAUUAUCCAGGGCCGUCUCGGACCCGGCCGCAUCCACCACGCGAUGCGCAGCAUCGGGUCAGCGGAGAAGGCACUCGAGUGGAUGCUGGCGCGUCUCAACGACGAGCGCAAGAAGCCCUUUGGCGAGAUGCUACACAAGCACGGCAUAAUGCUCGAGCGCGUCGCCCGGUCGCGCAUAGAAAUCGACGCGGCGCGCCUCGCCGUCCUCGACGCUGCCAUCAAGAUCGACGAGACCAACGCAAAGGGCGCGCUCAAGGAGAUCGCUGAGGUCAAGGUCCUCGUCCCAGAGGUCAACCUUAAGGUCAUCGACUGGGCUAUUCAGGCUUAUGGCGGUGCGGGUGUCAGCCAGGACACCCCGCUUGCGCAGAUGUACUCGAGUGGUAGGACGAUGCGCAUCGUGGAUGGACCUGAUGAGGUGCAUCUCCUGCAGCUGGGCAGGAAUGAGAAUAAGAGGGGUGUGGCGCAUUUGAAGCGCAUUGCGGCGCAGCACAAGAAGGGCGAGGAGCUGUGCAGGCAGUAUGGCAUUGAGCCGCGGGAUCCGUUGUAUCUUAACCGGACGAGCGCGGAGGCGAGUAAGCUGUAGAGGGUGAGUGUGUGUUAGGUAGAUGAAAGAAAUUGUUUCCACG